CAGAAGAAGUAUGGCUCGUCGGUGUGAAAAUGUUUAGAGAAAGUGUGCACGAGCCCUGUAGCUCCUGGUCACGAGUACCUAUUUGUCAAUCGUUCUUCAGCUUUACUUUUGCCCGAUCGGCUUUUCUUCUCGUAAAUUAGUAUCCAACACUGGCGUAUUUGGCGUAAAGAAGGAAAAAAGACCGAAUCCUCGGAAAUACCUGUCGGUGUGCAUUACAGAGUGAUGUCUAAGUCCAAGCUGAAUAAAAACACCAUCUCGAAAGCGGAACAACGUGCCGAGUAUCGUACCUUCAAGACCGUGUUCUCGUACUGCAUUUUAAUCAUUGUGCUUCCCGUGCUAACAUUCUUCACCUCCAAACAUUGGCUGUUUGAUGGGCUGCUGCAGCUGUCCAGCGUGACCAGCAACAUCUAUUCGGCGGUGAGCGCAGUAGUCGCGCUGCACGUGGCAUUGUUUCUGUUUAUAUACAAGGCCUACUUUGCGGCUAGCAACGAUUCUCCCGAUUCCGGCAGCAGGGAUCGUGGGGAUAAGAUCGCCCACAAGGAAGAUUAG